AUGAGUGCGCCGAAGCAGACACUCUCACAUUUGCCUUUGGCUCUUGUGCCAUCGGAGGCAAUGCAAAAGCGAGCUGAAAAGUACCAGUUCCUCUUUCCAUUCCAAGAGGAUGGGACUCUGGGCCCCGUGAGCUUCGAUGGCGACAGCUUCGCGGUGCGCCCGGCAGGGCCUUUGGCGUCCUUGGUGCGAACUCUCAGCAGCUACGCCAUGACAUCAGCAGCAGCCAAGACCCAGAUGUGCAUAGCUGUUCCAGACUACUACAGCGAUACGGAGCUUGCAGUUGUCAAUGAUGCACUGAAGCUUUGUGAUCAGUCUGAAACUGUCGGUCUCCUCCGGCAUUCCUCUGCAGUGGCCACGGCUUUUGCACACAGCCAAGGUUCGAGCCUCCUCCCAGACGGCACAGACGAGCGCUGCGUCGGCUUUGUGGAUAUCGGGUCGUCUCAUGGCACAGUCUCAGUGGUGAAGUUUUACCGCAAGGAGGGCGAAGCUGCAGCAGAGUUCCUUUACCGCUGCAGUGAGGAACAGCUAGGUGUCCAGUCGAUGGUCACGCUUCUUCUUUCGGAAGCAAUCUCCCGGAUUGAGCAGAAGCACAAAUGCAAGGUCCAGCUCAAAACGAAGUCUGGAGUUCGCCUGGCCAAUGAAGCAAUGCAUGCUUUGAAGCAGCUGAGCAUGUUGCCAGAUGCCGAAAUGGGCCUGGAAGCAUAUUUGCCAGAGGGUCCUGAUGGCCCAGAGAUCGAUGUGUCGGUGCCACUGACGCGACAGAUCUUUGAGACAGCAGCUGCUGAUGUGCUGAAACGUUUGAAGGAGGUGCUGACUGAAGCCUUAGACUGCAAGCCAGAGGCUUUCGAACUUUUGGGUGGUGGAAGCCGCAUCCCUGCAGUCCAAACUCGGGUCAAAGAGGUCGCUGGAGACCUUCCACUGCGCUUCGGCUUGGACGGUGCCAGCUGUGUUGCCACGGGUGCUGCCGCAUGGGCAGCAGGGAAACGACUGCUGGAGCCGGUGGAGUCACCAAUGGAAGGCUGGAAGUGA